AUGCGGCGUCUUGCACCUCCGACCCGACCCAUGGCCGGUCUGCGGCUGCUUGCGCUCUGUAGUCUGCUUCUGCCGACGUCAACGGUAGCGACGACGACAGCCUGCGACGUGUGCCAGUACAAGUCGUACGCGUGCGGCAGCGCGUCGGUCGAUCGCAGCGUUUGCACCGUUGACGGCCGCGUGCAAAUGGACGACGUCUUCUGCGAUGCCGACUGUCUCUGCGCCGACGGCUUUGUCUGCGCCAACCUCCGUCUCGGCCACCACGUCGUCGCUGCUGGCCACGCCCGGCCCCGGUGUGUCUCGGCCGAUGGCCUGCGUGCGCGGUUUGAGAGCUGUCGCCACGUGAGCGCGACGGCGCCGCUUGUCGGCGCGUACAACCUCACGUCAUGGCCGCGCUUCCACGACGCAACGUGCACGACACAAGAGUGCCGCGCGACACGGGCGCUCAAGACACGCCACCAGAGCGGCCGCGUCAUCGUCGUCUGGACCGAGCCGCAGUCCACGUAUCACUUUAUCACAGAAGGCACGCUCACAAACCUCUCGAGCGGCAUCUUUCACAGCGUUGGGCAAUGGGACGAGGCGCGCGACCAACUCGUCGACGUGCAGUCGCAGAGCAUCGCCAAGUGCUACACGCUGCAGACGCGCAACACCAACAACGCCAAGUGCAAGGGCUACAUCCUCUCGACCGAGCGCGCUACGGACAGUGCGCUCUGGACGACCGACUUGCCGGUGUCAAUCUGGGCUGCGGUCGUCGCCAGCGUCGUCGCUGCAUUUGCCAGUGUAGUCGCUGUCGUCUAUGUCGGCUGCCACACGUCGCGGGCGGCGUACGUCCCGCUGGCGAGGCCGAUGGCACCGACCGCCGAGACAACGCACAUUGAGUAG